UGUCGUCGACAAGGGCUUUGUAUUGUGCGGUUUUGUUUGGAUUUGUGAAUUUAGUUUUCAUAAAAUUUAUAGUAAUUUUUCAUUCUUAUUAGAAAGUAUGUGUGUAUUUAAUUAAUGUAUGCAUUAUAAUACAUAUUUUCAAAAAAUGAUAUCAUCCUGACGUAGAUUAAGUUGAAUUUUAUGUCUUCAUAGAGGUUCUAUGUAAUGCCCACGCAACAUGGGCGACACAGGUGGUGAGAGCCCUAGCAUCCUCAUACCUGACCAGCCAGGGAGCCCCAACAUCCUUGACCCUCCUGAAAGCCCUCCAGUCCCAUGGCAACGUCCUGAUUCUGAGACCUUCACACAAGACAGAGGUAACGAAGAAAGCAACGAUUCCAUAAUCACCGUGAACAUCUAUGAUGCAGAGAGUACAAGCAGCACUUGGAAUAGAAACGAGGACUCCAACACAGCUCAGCCACAAGUUCCUGUCCAAGAUAAUAGCAACUCCAGUGAGACAGUACCAUUAAAUGAGGAGUCCAGUAGUUUAAUGUCAUUUCCUGAUAGGAAAGAUGAGGAAGAGGAACCACCAGCAAAAAUACGAAGACUGAGCUCCCCGAAACACGACGUGGAUGGCGAAACUUGCCCUAUAUGCUUAGAUUCUUGGGGCAACUCUGGUGACCACAGACUAGUGGCAUUAAAAUGUGGUCAUUUAUUCGGUUCUCAAUGCGUUCAGAGGUGGUUGAAAGCGCAAGCAGCUAAAGACAGAUCGUGCCCAACGUGCAAAAGCAAAGCCACCAUAAAAGACAUAAGGUUCAUUUACGCUCGACAAUUAGUCGCAGCAGACACCUCGCAGAUCACAGCGCUUCAGAAGCAAGUGGAACAGCUGCAAUCGGAGAAAAGCCGAACAGAAUUAGAGCUGCAAAAGUCUAGAAUCGCGCACAGAGCGUGUUUAUCACAGCUGGAAGUGUUGAGCAGUAUGCUGAUGAAAUCCCAAGUUACUAAAGAACAGCCUUUAAGGAAAUCUUGGAGGUUUGCCCUAGAAAAGAACCUGGAAAUCUGCAAAGAUGGCGGCUCCAGAGUCUUGACAUAUAACUGUAGGACUUACGAGUUUUAUGUAUCACAGAAAAGCACCAAUAACUUAUUUCCAGGUUACGGUAUUAGAAAAGUGAGUUGCGUAGACUUCAAGUUGGGGCAAUUCAUACAUCUCCACCCGAAGGCGAUUAGAGAUAUCACAUAUUCUCAACCUAGAGACUUGCUCCUCAGUGUGGGCCUGGACGGCGCAGCCAGGAUAGUUGAACGAGGAAUACCGUCUAUAACAGUUUCCACCGGAGUACCUUUGUGGUCUUGCUCAUGGGAUUAUUUGAGAAGCAACGAGUUUUACGUAGGGGGAGUCGGUGGCGCCAUCCAUCAGUACGACAUUAGGAACCCUGGGACGUACCUUAGUAGGUUACCAGCCCCUGCAGACAUGUCACCAGUCGUCUCGCUGUGUUCUACUGAAUUUGGACUAUUAUCUUGCCAAUUGAAUUCAAGCUGGUUAUGGAUGGCGAAUAUGAGGCAAUGGGAGCCUAGAGUGUUGCCCGUGGAAGGACCGUUCAUGUCUUUGUGCUAUGACAACGAUUCUCACCGAGCAUUAGUAUCCUGUCGUGCAGCAAACAGUUCAGAAAGAUCUAAAUUAACAAUCUGCAAGUUGAAAGCAACAAUACCGAAUGGAGAAGUUUUGAUUGAUAUAGAGCAGAGUUUUACCGGUUCCUCGAGGUCUUCGCUAAUGUCCAGGCCUACAUGGGUGAGGGCAACGGGCGCUUGCUGGGUCGCAGCUCAUUCUGAGAGCGAUUCAACAUUGUAUCUUCACGGUGUGGACGGUGCCAGGACCAUGUCACUGCCAGCAGCGGAGCCGGCUCUGGACGUGUGCUCAGCUCAGUUGAAUGGAGACACAGUGGUUGCGGCUUUGUCCGAAUCAAGACUUAGGUUGUACAAAGCUGUGGCUACAAAUUCGUGAUAAUAAUGUGUUGUGUGUGAUUUGGACAAAAUACGUAGAGCGUAAGGACUAGUCCGCAAGAGCGCUUUAUUGACGCGCGUAAAAUGAACGUAUAUACAUAGAUAAGGAAACAUAGAUUUCUUCUUGUUGUAUGAGAGAGAGAAAGCCCAUAUUUACUUGAAUAUAUUGUAAAAAUAUGAGCCAUUGUUUUCAGCAUUGCAACAAAAAUUAUCUUGUAUGUUUGACCUCGACUCAUUAACUAUAUCCCUACCGAAUACGACCAAAAUCAGUCCAGCGGUUUAGACGUUAGGGCGUAACAGACGGACAGACUUUCUCGUUCAUAAUUAUAUGCUAUUACUCAAGCGCCACAAAAAAAAAUUUAAACAACAUUUCCGAGAUGACAAAAAAUACCAUUUGUUUUAAGAAGGUCACCACGAAACAUACACACACAUAACACGUCACUAACGUCCACAUGUUGUCUCUUUUUCCCAUGUCGUGUACGCAAGCGCAACACGUAAACAAAAAGAGGGAACGUGUGGACGCAAUGACGUGCUACGUGUAUUAUGUUUUAUGGUAGCCCCCCAGGUUACAAUGGCACUCAGAACAUCAUAUAAUGUAAGCAAGCAUGCAAUUGUUUGUUAUAAAUUGUUUUGUAAAUAUAUUUUUUAUUUAUU